AUGCCAAGGCGAGACGGCGCUGGAGGCAACCGGGAUGGCAACGCAGCACGUGGCGCACCUGAUCCGUACGCGUUAGAGGAUGACGACGAGGAAGACGAGAACAGCAAUCCCGCCAAACCGUCUAGCAAGGGAAUCGGCGUGACCGUUGGCAAGCGGCUCGUGUUGGGCGGGAGCGAAGCCAAGAAGCAGACCCAGCUUCCCAUGCUUUUUUCCCAGGAGCACAAGAAACUGCAAGCUGCACGCUUGGUCCCGGCGGGUAUGGUCAACCUUGGUAACACCUGCUACCUUAAUUCAGUGGUCCAGGUCCUGAUGAACAUGGCCACCUUCACAGGGGAUCUCAGGGACCCCUCCCUGCUGAGCUUGGCCCAGCACCUGCCGGCAGCAGGCGUGUGGGCGGCGCUUCGGGCCACCGCCGACAAGCUGCAAACGGCAACGCAAGCGCGCCCGACGUUCGAGAGCUUGAAGCCCGCCGUGGAGCCUUCAGAGCUCCGGAGCGCCAUGGGCCGCCGCAGUAGCCGCUGGCGAAGCUUCUCUCAGCAAGACGCCCACGAGUUCCUGGUGGAGCUGUUGGAGGAGCUGCAGAGCGAGGUGCUGGCGGCCGAGGCCGCUGCAUUUGACCGUCGCCGAAUGCCGUUCUCGAAGACGCGCUGUCCCACUGCACGAAACCUAAGCGGCAGCCUCAUGCACACAUGGACCUGCGCCGCCUGCGGACGCUGCACACGAGCCAAGGAGCCGUUCAGUUGCCUGAGUUUGCAGCUGCCUUCGCAAGGGGCUGUGAACCUGCAGGAUCUGUUCUCCGAAUACCUGAAGCACCACUUCUGGCGGCUCCCGCGGGUUCUAGUGGUGCACAUCAAGCGCUUUAUGUCGGUGCCGCAGCAGCAAACCCAACAGCAGCAGCAGCAAGCGCUACCGCCGGCUCCGCUGCGGCAGGGAACAACAGUAGGCGGGGAUGCUGCUGCAUCGGGUUCGCGUGCAGCAAACCUCUUGGAGGAUGAGGCGGAGGGUACGACAGCCCCACCGGCGAACGUUAUCAACGUGCCAGGAACGCCUUGCCGCGAGGGCUCUGCGGGUGCUGGUGAGCCUGCAGGGGCUGCGGAGGGUGCUCCCAGCGCACCGCAGCCGGCGGCGGCAGCCGGCGGCGGCACCCGCGGUUCGACGCCACCGGCGCCGUACCUUUAUGCCAAGGUCCACACGGUAGUCAAGGUGACGGCGGGGCUGGACCUAGCGCGCCACUGUGACGCCGAGGCAUGCGCACACGCACACCUGCUGGAGGCGCUGUCACUGGGGACAUUGGAGCGGAAGACUGGCGGCGAUAGUGAUGAGGGCGGCGCGGCGGCGGGAGUAAGUCCUGCAGCACUGUCUGGGGGCCGCGCGGCGCCAGCGGCAGGGGCAGCAGCUGGUGCCAGCGGUGCCGCUACUGUGGGCAGGGCCCCUGGCGCAGUGACGGGAUGUACAUUGGACACUGCGGGGGCCGGCUCCACUUGCCCCAGCCCCUCCUUUAUGCAGCCCAACGCUUCCGCUCUGCAGGAGCGCACGGUGCAGCAGCAGGGGUCCGCGCUGCCGCCAAGGGAAAGCCUGCGGCGAUCCAUAUUCGGCGGCUCCAAGGCGAUGACCCCAGGGGGCCUCAGGCUACGCGCGCCGGAUAGUGAAUGCGGGACGAGUGCCCUGAGCACGGGUGCCCAAGCGGAUGGCGGCGAUGGAGCGCCGACACCGUACGGCGGCUGUGGUGCUGGCACAGGCGCUGCAUGCUCGCUUGGGCGGCAAGCCGCACAGGGGAAAGGGCGCUCACAGAUGGGAGCGGCUGGCGGCGGCGCCGCUGGGCUGACGCCGGCACAAGAAGCGCAGGGAGCUGGGCCAGGCGGCGCGGCUGCAAGGAAGCCCGAGGCUGGUCAUGGGAGCACGCCGCAGGCUCUGAUGCGGUCGGGGGGAAAGGACGGGGGACUAGGGAAAUUGACUUGCCAGUUGACGACACCCAUGGCUGCCUCCUUGGGCGGCGGCCUGAGCAGCCAUACGGGCAACGACCGGUUUGGUCCGGCGGGCCCGCCGCCUGGCAGCACCGGACGUGGUGGCGGCGGUGGCGGAAGCGCAGCAGCGUGCUCGGAACGUAAGGCACCGCGACCGAUGGGCACUGGCUCGUUUUUUGGAACGGGGUCGGCGACAGAGGCGGUGGCGGCGGAGGCCUGCAUGUCCGAUGGCCAGGGGGCCCCCGCCAACGGCGUUCGUCAGGCUAACGGGGAAGCUCUUGCCAGGCCGUUUAAGCGAAUGCGCUCCACGGAGGGGUCACGGCCUGCAACGGUGACGGCACAGCGACUAGAGGAAAUGACCGAAGAGGAGCAGUUUCAAUUGGCGCUGCAGAUGAGCCUGGCGGAGGAAGUCGCGGGUGAAGCCGCUGGCAGCGGUGGCAGCGGCAGUGGCGACGUAGGUGCUCGUCAAGGCUCCAUGGCUCGGGUUGAGCAUGGAGCUACGGCUACGGCUGCUAUCACUGCCACCGGCGCGGCUGCGGGCUCCGGCCCUACGGCAUCCAGGCGCGGCGCGGCGACGGUCCUGGACCUGUCGCUACCGACGGCCGCAGCCACGGCCCACCCUGGCCGCGUCUGCACCAGCGGCGAUAGCGCAGGCGGUGGUGGUGGCGGCGGCGGCAGCAGCAGGGGCGCCUGCAGAAGAGCCAAACAGGAUGUUGGGAUAUGCGAAGAGGAGGGAUGCGACAACGAGGACUCCAUGAUUGAGCUCCAAGACGAAAGUCAGGGAUGCUGUGGUGCCAGUCACGGAGGAGGGGGAGAUGGAGGACAACCUCGUGACGCUGGCAGGACCGCCAGUGCGGGGCCUGCGCUGUCGGGCGCAAGCGGCGGCAAGAACGACGGCAACGACACCGACGGCUCCGCAGGACUGCCCUUGCCCGACAGCUCGGAAGAGGGCCCGACGCCCCAAGCUAAGCGCCUGGAACGGCGGCGCGCCCGCAAGCGGCGCAUGGCCAAACUCCUUGACCCGGUGGAUGUGCUUGACGUCGCGGAAUCACCGGCCGUUCCGCCGCAGCGGCACCAACGCCACCGGGCCGGCAGUGGUUUCGGAACUGAGGGCCGCGUGCACGGCGGUCUGCCUGUCGCGUACAGCGUAGACGAUGACGACGAUGGUACGACGGCAUUAUCGCCCGUGUCCGGUGGUGGCGGCGGCGGCGGUAAGAAGUGUUUAGCAGCUGGCAAAAGCGGCGGCUUUGGGGAUACCUCCGGAGCGGGCGCCACAGGCAAGCGGGACGAAGCGCCCGCGGAUGUCGAGAUGGCGGAGGAGGACGAGGAAUUGGAAAAGGCGAAGCGGUUGAGCCUGGCGACGUUUGAAGCUGAAGAGGAGGAGCGGAAGUUUCAGCUCCACAGCAACGAUAGAGGGACAUCGCAUGGCGCAAACGCAGCCAUGGCACACAAGAGGUCAAGAACGGAGGUGGCGUGGGCUCACAUGAUGGCCCUGCCCGAUCUUCCCAAUCCUGGCGACGCUGGGGGCCCGGCGGCAGCAGUAGCAACGGAGCCGGCGGCCCGGGAUGCGGUGCUGGACGGCGGCUGUAAAACGCCCCCGCGUGGCGGCGUCGGUGACGGUGCCGCAGCCGCCACGAUCGGGGCUUCUGAGGCCAUCAACAACCCGUUGCCGCCACCUCUUCGGCGGCGCUCAGCGACGGUUAGCACCACCGCUGGCCUCGGCGGCAGCGAGGAAGACGGUUGUCGCAGCGGCGGGAUUGACGCGCUAAUGGCCGCAGCCGGCCUGGAAACGGCGGGUCACACAGCCACGGGCGCUGCCGCCGCCACCACGGCGCGACGACCGGCAUCCGCUCAGCGCCGCAGCAGCGCCGGCGCCACUGCGCACGACGCAACGGGCACCAGUGCGGAUCAGUUCAAGUUCGGGUUUGCGCUGCCAGGCUCCGCAGCCGUGACGACGGGGGCUCCGGUGGGCGCUGCGCUGGGGCUGGCGGGUGCUGGCUCCCGGCGCGAGGACCCCCUGGAUCUGACAGGCGGCGAUGAUGACGAUCAGGACCUGGCCAAGGCCAUCAUGCUGAGCCUUCAGGAUGUACACCCGCAGAACAAUGCGAUUGGGGACGCUGUUGGCGACGCGGUGCCGCAUGAGGUGAUGGACCUCGAGGGCAUGGACGGCGUUGAAGGGAACGAUGUGGAGCCUCUACCGGACAGGCCCAAGGUCCUCCUCGUACCCGACAGCGAUUACGAAGAGGGCACUGACGAUGAUGACGGCGACGAGGAGGGCAAGGACGGUGGAAGCGGCAACGUGGCGGCUGCUGGGUCACGCACAGCAGCAGCUGGCAGGUCCCGCUCGACGGUGGCGGCAAUGGAGGGCGUCCAGACGACGACCCAUGAGUCGCAACAACAGCAGCGGCGCCUUCAGAGCAAGGGCGAUCCAGGCCAGGCGGUCGCGAGCGUGCCACUGAGCCUGAUGGCGCGCUACCGCCUGCAGGGCGUCGUACGGCACAAAGGUCUUACGCCGUUCUCAGGGCACUAUGUGGCGGAUGUGUUGGUGCGCAGCACCGCCGGCGGCGCGUCGGGGCAGCCGACCCACAUGUGGUACGAGCACAACGACGCGGUAGUGAGCCACGUGGAUUUCGACCGCAUUCGGGAGGACGCCUCAAAGCAGGGCUACCUGUUCUUUUUCGUCAACGCUUCCAAGCUGGCCGGCCCCGUGCCAGCAGCAGCAGCAGUGGCGGCGGCGGCGGCUAAGCCGCUACCGGAUGCCUUGGCAGGUGGCGCGGCAGCCUGA